AAAAAUAAAGAAAAGGAAAAAAAAAUAAAGAAAAGGAAAAUAAAAAUAAAGAAAAAGGGAAAAGAACAGAAAAGAGAAAGAAAAGCAAAAUAAAAAAUAAAAGAAAGAAAAAUUGUUUAAAAAAAAUUAGUUUAAAAAAUUUAAAAAAAAAAAAAACACACAUUGAUGGAAAAACAUGACCACGUGGUUAAUUAACGGCCCUGCGUAAUGAGAUUGCGCGCGCAAAAACAAGUUCCUAUUUAUAUAUAAAUAUAUAUAAUAUAAUAUAAAAAAAAGUAUAUUAAUAAAUUAUAACAAGUUCCUUUAUAAAUAAUAAUAUUUAGAGGGAAAAACUAGAAAAUAAGCGUCCAUAAUUUAAAUAAAAAAAAAAAAAAAAAAAAAAAAAACAAUACUUGAAAGAAAAACGAAUAACAACGCACUGUGUCUUACAAAAUAAAAAAUUGUUUUUUUAUUUUUCCCGAAAAAAAAGUGCGAAAGGAUCAUUUUAGAAUUUACAAAGGAAAAAAUAUAUAUAUAUAUAUAUCUAUAUACACGUCUACAAAUUAUAUUCUAUAAAAUAUUUCGCUAAAGCGGAAAAAAAAUUUUAAUCUCCAAAAAAAAAAAAUUGAUUAAAAUUUUAGUGAUAGAAAUAGAAAUUAAAUAGAAAAAUUCAGUUUUUUUAAAAAAAAAUAAAAAAAAAUUCUUAGAAUAAUAGAAAAAAAAAAUUGUUUUUUUUUUGGGUGAAAAUUCAUUUUUUUUUUUUUUUUGAUUAAAAAAUAUAUAAAUAAUGUCGACUGUCAGCGUUGUGUCAAAUUCAUCGGUGGAAAUUGAAACUGAUUCAUCGAAUGAUGAAAUUUUAAAUAAUAAAAAUAUGAAUGAUGAUGAUGAUAAUAAUUUAAUGACGAGAGAGGAUAGAAAAUUUAUUUUGCCAAAUGAACUUUAUAAAAAUUUAUUGGCACGCGCUGUAUUGGGUAAAACGGUGCUUAAUCGAAAUCUUCAUUUCAAGGACAAUCAUCAUCUUGUUCAUUUCAAGGACAAUCUCAAUGCGCUUGACGCCCUUAAGGAAUUGAAGGAUAUCAAAAAUUUAAGUGUUAGCAGCGUACCGGCGUUUCCUCGUAAUUUUGCAUUACAUCGAGAUGAUCACGAUGAGAAGGCGUCAUUUGCUUGGUCCGAGGGUGGCGAGGAAGGUGGCGGUGGUGGAACCGGUGGAGCCGGAAGUGGAGGGGCUGGCGCCACCGGUGGCGGUGGACUGGCCCAUUGGGUCAGUGUCAUGGCAGAACACAUUCACAAUCCACAUUCGACAACCGGUGUCGGUGGGGUUCAUCAUCAACAACAAUCGCCACCUCAACCUCCCUAUCCCUGGAACAAUGGACUCUCCAGUGACCAAUGCAAUCCUCACGAUAAGGAGAGUGAUUAUUGGGGCGGAGGGCGAAGUGCAAAACAGGGCUACGAGCAUUUUUUGUUACAGGCCAAGAUGAACGCAGAUCAUGGCCAAUUACAAAAAGGUGACGAUCAAUAUCGUGGAGCGGGCGGAAGUAGUAGCGGAAGUCCUCCCGCAAGUCUUCUCGUUGUACCUCAACCUUUGACUGUUAAACCCUCACAUCCAUCACAUCUGAAUCCACAUCUUGGAGGACCACAUAAUCAUCCUCCGCGAAAAUACCAAUGCAAAAUGUGCCCUCAGAUCUUUGGUAGCAAAGCGGAUCUUCAGCUUCACACGCAAAUUCAUAUGCGCGAAGCAAAACCCUAUAAAUGUACACAAUGCUCAAAAGCAUUUGCAAAUUCAUCCUAUCUAUCACAACAUACACGCAUACAUCUUGGCAUAAAACCAUAUCGUUGUGAGAUAUGUCAACGAAAAUUCACUCAAUUAAGCCAUUUACAACAGCAUAUUCGCACGCACACUGGCGAUAAACCAUAUAAAUGUCGACAUCCAGGUUGCACUAAGGCAUUCAGUCAAUUGAGUAAUUUACAAUCGCACAGCCGUUGUCAUCAAACGGAUAAACCAUAUAAAUGUAAUUCAUGUUAUAAAUGUUUUUCCGAUGAGCCAAGCCUCCUUGAACAUAUACCAAAACAUAAGGAAUCAAAACAUUUAAAAACACAUAUUUGCCAAUAUUGUGGUAAAUCAUAUACACAAGAGACAUAUUUGGCAAAACAUAUGCAAAAACAUGCUGAACGUACUGAUAAACGUCCACCAAUUAUUGGUACUGGUUUAAGGCCAUCGAUACAUGCAAUGGCUGCUGUUGCACAUCAUCAAGAUUAUCAUUGGCCAAAAGUAAGUCCCGAUUCGGUGAUUAGUGAAUUACAUGAUCGUUUACCACAUCAUCCACAUCCACAUCCUGGUGAUUAUCAUCAGACAAAUCAAAAUCAAGGUGAAAUGUUAUUGGGUGGUCAUCAAGUUGGCGGUGGUGGUGGUGGUCAUCGUGGUGAUGGUUUAGAAAAUGAUUCAAGGCAACAAACACCACAACCUGGUGGUGGUGGUGUUGGCGCUGGUGGUACAACAACAACAACAUCACAUCCAAAUAGUAGUUCAGCAUUUACGCCAAUAUCAUCGAUAUCAAUAAAUUCAAUAUCAUCAAUGCAACAUCCAUUAAAUCCGCUCAAUCAUUUACAUUAUCCUGGUAGUCAUCAUCCAGCGUCGAGACCCUAUUUAUAUGAGGCCUUUAAUACACAAAAAUCAAGUCCAACAAGUUCAACUGGUAUGACACCUGGCGCUGGUUCAGUUGUUAAUCAAAAUACAACAUCAUUUCCAAAUCAAUUAAUUAGUUUACAUCAAAUAAGAAAUUAUGCACAUCAACCGAAUUUAGGUAAUUUGGGACAAUUGGGACAAUUGAGUAAUUUGAGUAAUUUGAGUAAUUUAAGUGCAAGUAUGGAGAGUCAUGCGCUACUUGGUGGUCUCAAGGAUAAACAGUAAAUAAAAAAAAAUAAAUAAAUAAAUAAACAAAUAAUGAAGAAAUAAAAACAAAAAUCUCUAGGCAAAGAAAAUUGUACUAUUAGCAUACAUUGUAUUUUUUUUUUUUUUUUUAUUUUACUAAUUCUAUUGUUACGAUUAUUCAGAAUCCCUCAAAAGAGAGAAAGAGAGAGAGAGAGAGAGAGAGAGAGAGAGAGAGAGAGAGAGAGAGAGAGAGAGAGAGAGAGAGAGA